GUGCUUUCUCUCAAAAUAAAUAAAUAAACUUGAAACAGAGACAGACAGAGAGAGAUAUGGGAUCUGUGGUAUUAGCACAAGGGUAGACAACUACUGAGAGUGGCCGCUGAGGGGUGGUCCCCAUCAGUGGUGACCUUCAGGGGAGACUAGGCAGCCUUGGGUAUCCGCGUAGCCUUGGCACCUGGAAGGCAGUGGCUCCCAAGGUUCCAUGACACCCCCCGCGUUCCAAUUCUGUUAUUGCAACUGCAGACCGUCACCUGGCGUGCCGGGUGCUCGGUCUGUCAUUCCGGUUGGAGUCUGAGCUACAGGCAGUGCCUUGGGCUCUCGACUCUGGCAUCUCGAACCUUCUUUUUGUAGCUGCUGACUCUCCAGUGCUGUGGGGUGUUGUUCAAGUUGUUCCCAAUAUCCCCAGCUCUACCUCUUCUGCCACAUGUCACCAUGGCAGCACCUCUUGACCCGGUGUCUGAUCCAGGGACAGAAAUGAGCCUCCUGGAACUCAACCAGGAGCUUCAAUCCAAGCUGGAAGCAAGCCAGCAGGACUUCCGAGACCUCAGAGAGAAAUUCCUUGUAUCCGAAGCUACUGCCUACUCCCUGGCCAACCAGCUGCAGAAAUAUAAGUGUGAAGAGUUGAAAGACAUCAUCGAAUCCGUGCUGGGGGAGACGCUGCAGUGUAAGCAGGGGAAGUUGGCAGAGACCUUGACCGAGAAGCUCAGGCAAUAUCAUAUCCUGAUUAAAGCUCAGGCUGAAGAGCUGACCCAGUUGUGGCAGAAGUUACGGGAAGGGAGAGAAGUUUCUGAGCCAGUCGAUCAGCACCUCAAGGACCUCCUCACCCACGAUGACCCCGAGCGUCCCCAAGGCCAGGGCUUCCAGGAGCAAGUGGCCGAGAGACACAGGCUGGCAGAGUGCCUUGCCCGCCAGCUCAGCCCCGAAGAUGAGGAGGAAGAGGAGGAGGAGCAGGAGGACGAACAAGCAGAAGAAUCCCUCACCACCAGCAUGGAGCUUCCGGAAGCUGAAAAGAAGGAAGUCCUCCAGGACACGCUGAAUGAAUGUGUUUUGACUCCUUCCAUUGGCCAAGGAGGGCGUGACUGCUACCAGCCUUACAGGGAUGGCACGUUCCCAUCGGAUAAACAGGAAUUCGGCUCUGCUCUGGAUGUAGCCUGUGAAUGCUCCCAUUCCAAAGGGGAUGAAACUCCACCCGGGUCCCCAGACAACCAAAUGGGUCACGAGGGGCUGAAAGGGCGAGAGUCAGAUGCCCCCAGGCUCAGUAGACAGCUGCUAGAGGUGGUGGAGGAGGAAAUCCCAUGGGACUCUCUGGAUGAACGCUACUGGACAUAUUCGGUUCUUCCUGACCUGUCUGACUCCUACUGGCCUUACAGGAGCACCGCCAUCUUCUUCCCUGAGGAACUGGAAGUCUCUUAUGCUCUGGAAAUGGCCAAAAAUCAGACCCAUCAAGAGGAGGAACAAGACCAAGACCUGACAUGCGCCAGGCUCGGCAGGGAGCUGCCGGAGAGUGCAGAGCAGGAUGUCCAACAGGACUCACUGGAUGAACGCUAUUUGACUUACUCAGCUCUUCCUGACCCAUCUGAUUCCCCCUGGACCCACAGGAGGGCCAACAUCAACUCAUAUGAGGAUCUGGAUGUCUGUCCUGCUCUGGAAGUAGCUAACAAUCAUGCUGAUCUUUGCGAUGAAGAAGACCAGGACCCAACAUGCCCCAGGUAACUCUGAGGAAUCAUGGGCUUUAAUUCAGUGGUGACAUCUGGGGAUCUCAGAUCUAGGCCAAUCUAGAAAGUGCUAAAUGCACCUAUUUCAUCCCUUCCGACACCCACAAGGUGGUCCUUCAGCAAGGUCCUCUGUGUCAUGUGGUACUCGCAUAG